ACUCAUGUCAUGUCAUUUCUUCGUCAAAUCAAAUCUUGAUCUCUAUUUAGUUUGUGACUUUGUGUUGUGAUCUUGAUCACAAAAAUAAAUUGUCUAAAGCGAGAAUAAUAGUUUGUUUGAUUUAUAAUUUAUUUUGGGAAUUUUAUUUCAGUUCUGUGAAAAAUAAUUAUUUACACAAGAUAUUAUAUUCGUAGAAGAAAUGUCUCUUUAUGACGAUCUCGAUACGAUUAAAGCGAGGACCACUGAUAAAGUGGCUGGUUGGUCCUCUGGAAUAAAGCUUUUGCAGUCACAGUUACAGCUCAAAAAAGCUGCUGUUACUCAACCAAAACGAGAAGCAGCACGCAGGUCUGCACAGGUAUUGACACCAGUAAUAGAUUUAAAAAGUAAACAAAAAGAUGAUGAUGAGUCUAAUUCAAAUAGCCCCAAACUGCAACCCAAGACACUCACAGCAUCAUUAAAUGUUCGGGAUUUUGAUUGGAACGUAGUAAAUGAAUAUGAUCCAAUGUGGCCAAAUGAUUAUGAAAAAGUUGCUAAAGAAAUGCAAGCUAAAAGGCUUCAAUCUGAUGGAAGUGAUAGGUCUGAUAGGAAGCGAAAAAGCAGAUUUGGGGAUGAAGAAGAUGUCACUCCAGAAAAAACUCUUAUUCCUAUGCAACCUGAAGAAGAGGAGGCUGAAGAGAUAACAAAGCGGUCUGUAGGUGCAGCUAUUGCCCCACCUCCUUCACUUACGGUGGAGUCAGCCUCCCCCCCUCCGCCUCCUCCCGUAGUACCUGUUCCCACUCCCUCUCCAGGGUUCUCAUUAGGAGGAUACGGAGCAAGUUCUGUUGCAGCAAAAAUAAUGGCCAAAUAUGGUUUCAAGGCAAGCCAAGGCUUGGGGAAAAAAGAACAGGGUAUGUCAGUGGCUUUACAAGUGGAAAAGACUUCGAAACGAGGGGGCAGAAUUAUACAUGAAAAGGAUGGUAAUGUGAUGCAGCCUCCUGCAUUUGCUGUACCAGCACCACCAGGACCAGAUUCUCCUAAUUCUUCUAGUCAAGCUAAACAAGAACCUUCUAUAACAGAGAUAAUGAAGUCUCCAAGUAAAGUAGUAUUAUUGAGGAAUAUGGUUGGACCAGGAGAUGUUGAUGAAGAAUUGGAGCCAGAAGUUAAAGAUGAAUGUAACACAAAAUAUGGCGAUGUUAUCAAAGUUUUGAUUUUUGAAUUGCCUAAUGCCCCUGCUGAUGAAGCAGUCAGAAUAUUUGUGGAGUUCAAGCGUAUAGAGAGUGCUAUAAAAGCAGUGGUUGAUUUGAAUGGAAGAUUUUUUGGUGGCAGACAAGUCAAGGCUGGUUUUUAUGAUGUAGAGAAAUUUAAUAUGUUAAAGCUGACUGAAUAAAUCAAAGAUUUAAA